AUGGGCGUGUUGCAUUACUUCGCGUUCAUCGUGGGCCGGUUGUUGUAUGCCUGUCGCGGCCAUGAUGCCUAUCAAAUCAUUCACUCACGGGCGUUCAAAGAAACUCCCGAUGCAAAUAUGACCCUUGAGUCUCCUGAAUGUGGUCCGUCUGGUUCGAAGUUGCCUCUUCACUGCACUUGUCUGGCCGAUGACGGAAGGGGAUAUUUGCCUGAACUGCGAUGGAGUCCCCCAAGUUCUCACGAGCCGGUCCAGGAAUUCGUCUUGAUUUGCGAAGACCUCGAUGCACCUAUUCCGUUUUACGUCUUCCAUCACGGACUUCUAUGGGCGAUUCCUGCCUCAACUCUCUCCGCCAACAAGGAAGACGUACAGCCCGAUCAGCACGAUAAGAUUUCGCGCCAAACUACCGCCGGUUGGCGAUUUGUUCCAAACAUGCUGGGAACACCCUACGCCGGUGCAGGUGCACCAUUAGGUCAUGGGUCACACCGCUAUCUCUUUACGAUCGUUGCUCUGAACGCGCCGCUGAAGUUCAAGUGUCCUGAAGGAACUAGCAAAAAAGAUAUCAAGCGAGCUAUGAAUGGCAAGGUGAUUGGCUGGGGACAAUGGACUGGAGUGUUUGAAAGGCCAUGGCCUUAA